UAUACUUUUUUUUUCAUAAACCAAUCGAGAGACUGUCGUUCAUCAAAGAAACUGCCCCGUCAUUCUUAAGCCUGAAGUUGGGGUGCUGUCGACACACGCCCUCCGUGUGAAGAAGUACAUACCGUUAUUUUCCCCCAAAAAAAGACGAAAAAAAAACUCCAACUGUGGAAACCACUUUAAUUACGCCAUUUACGACGGUCUCCGCUUGCCUCGCCAGAGAGUCUGCGGCAGCGACGAUGGUUACACGUUAGCGAAGGGAACCGGGGUGGAAAAAGCUGGGGAAUUUUGUGUGUGUUUGUGCCUGUGGAUUAUGGCCCUUCGCAGGGUGUCCUUGCGUAGGAGAAAUCUCGCAGUGUUUAAGUGACGAAGAGGAAUUACAUAUCUUAAAAGUGGCAUCAGAUAAAAAAAGUUACAUAUCUUAAAGAGGAAUUAGAUAUAUUUAAGAAGAAACAGGUCCUUCAAAGGAGGAAUUUGAUAUCUCUAAGAGGCUUUUGAUACCUUAAAAGUGGAAUUAACUAUCUUAAAGAGGACUUAUCUAUAUUUAAGAAACAUAUCAUUCAAAGAAGGAAUUAUAUAUCUUAAAGAGACAGUAGAUAUCUUAAAAGUGUAAUUAACUAUCUUAAAGAGGAAUUAAAUAUCUUCAAGGAGAAUUAGACGUCUUUAAGAAAAGAAAAACAGUCAUCUUCAACAAGAAUCAGAUCAUUCAAAAGAGGAACUACACCACUUAAAUGAGUAAUUAGGUAUCUUAGAAGCCCCUGGAAAGCUGAUUAAGUGCACGAUGAGCUACAGCAAUACCACAGUUCCCUUUCCGGAAGACCGCCUAGGUCACCCCAACCACCACGACCUCAACAGAAGCUUCGGGAGGCCAUCCUGUGACCCUCUAAUCUUCCUCAAGGACUUCGAAAAAGGAGCGCUGAAUCUCCUCGAAGAACACGGGAUCCGGGAGCGUCUCUCCUACUCUCCUCGAGGCUGGGGCCAUCAAGGAGGAGGGACGACGAAGGAGGAAGUGCCAAGAGCGCCCGAGUCGAGUCUGAGGUCAGGGCACAGGUAUCGACGGGAUGGAUAUGGAUACCCAGAGGUCAUAUGCAAGCCAUCCUCAACGAGCCUCUAUUCCUUCUUCGCCUUUGCCAUCCUCAUGCUUGACAUCACAGGCAACAUCAUGGCAACGAUUGACAUCUCAAUCAACGUCACAGGGUCUACGGGAACUGUCACGAC